AAGAAACGAUCAAGUUUUUUCCCCUUAAUCUUGUAUCCUUUUUUCUUUUUGUAAAUCUAACGAAAUAAUAUGGGAGAAGGUGUUUGUUUUGGCCGCUACAUUGUUUUCUACGCUAUAUUGUUGUAUUACGUUGCAUUUUGUUCAGUUUCCACCAUCCAUUUCCUCAUACCAUUCACUCUCCGUCUCAUGCACAUUGGUUGGCUCAUUUUUAUCGACAAACGAUGGAACGUUCUUGCUGUUCUUUUAUGUUUAGCCGCCUUUGUUCGCUACACCUUCUUCAAGAGCAACAAAGCGUACUCAGCUGAGUUCGAAGAUGACCUCGUUGAUUUGCCGUUUCAAUCGUCAUUCAUGACUUUUGAGCUGCCCUCGCAUCCACCAUUGUCUCCUCCUUCUUCUUUGCUAUCUCCACCGUCGUCUCCGCCUUCUUAUUUCACUUCUUCAGCACGUUCAUCUUGCUCGCCUUCGUGGUCUUCUUUACAGUCAUCUCCACGUUCUUCAUUUUCGUCGCCUAUGUCUUCUCCACCGCCUCCUCCUCCACCAGUCAAAAUAAGGAAAAGAGACUACGUUAGGAUGGCUAGCAAUGCCAGUCUUAGCUCUGAAGAUUCUGGUGAUAGCGACAUUGAUAUUAAAGCUGAAAUGUUUAUCGCUCACUUCAAAACUCGACUCAUGUUUGAGAAUGAGAGACUACACGAAUGCGCGAGCAAACCGUGCGAUCCUAUUACUAGUAAUUACUAAUUAAUUACUGCUCUGAAUCUUAGAAAGUUUGUUAAUAUUUGAUCAGUCAUGUCUUCACGAUAUGUUCUACCUAUAAUUCACCACACAUGCAUUGUUUUUUUUUUUUGCAAUAACAAUACCAAGUUCAAGUUGUGUACAUAUGUUUUUACAUACAUGCAGUCACCUAUUGUGGAUGUAAGCACCAUUCAGCUUAAAUAGGGAAAUAUAGUAUUACAAAAAUAAAACAAACCAAACAAACUGUCAUGAGAAAACAAAAUUCGAAAACCCUUCUGAGAAAAGGAAACCCAA